AUGUCAUCAUCGAUCUCCCAGUUUUAUAUCCUCUCAACACGAGGUGAUACAAUCAUCUUCUCGGACUUUCGAGGUGAUGUUGAGAGUAAUUCCGCCGAGAUUUUCUUUCGUAAGGUUAAAUUCUGGGAGAAGGGGGAUGCACCUCCAACAUUUCAUGUCGAUGGGGUCAAUUACUUGUUUGUAAAGAAGAAUGGACUCUAUUUCGUAGCAACCACACGCUACAAUGUCAGUCCGAGUUAUAUUCUAGAGCUGCUGACACGUCUUUGUCGCGUGUUUAAAGAUUAUUGUGGCGUACUGAGUGAAGAGACGCUUCGUAAGAAUUUCAUUCUGUGCUAUGAACUGCUGGAUGAGACGCUCGACUAUGGAUUUGCUCAGGACACAAGUACGGAGGGACUCAAGGUGCACGUACACAAUGAAGCUAUCCUUGUGGGUGACGCGGCAUUGUCAAAACCCAAAGCAAGUUCCAAGUUUAUGAAUCGCAGCUCCAAUAUCAAGGCGGCCAGUGCCGUUAAGAAACCUGUAGCCACGGCCGGUCAAAGUUCGAAGAAACAGGAUGAGAACGAACUCUUUUGUGACAUUUUAGAACGACUCAAUGUCGUCUUUUCCUCGGGAGGACAGAUGCUCAAUGCCUCUAUUGAGGGACGCAUCCAGCUCAAGAGCUACUUGUCGGGCAAUCCAGAGCUACGACUGGCACUGAAUGAGGACAUGGUCAUUGGAAACACAGGAGCGAGACAGUACGGACAAGUUGUGCUUGAUGAUUGCAAUUUUCACGACUGUGUGCAACUGGACGAGUUCGAGCGCGACCGUGUGCUGAUUUUCCAGCCACCGGACGGAGAAUUUACUGUCAUUAACUAUCGCAUCACCGGCGACUUCCGGGCGCCUUUCCGUAUCUUCCCCUUCGUGGAAGAGCUGUCCCCGACCAAGAUCGAGAUGGUGCUCAAGAUCCGAGCCGACAUGCCCGAGAACAACUACGGCGCGAACGUGAUCAUCCGCUUCCCGGUGCCGCAAUCAACGGUGGCAGUGUCGUGCGAUAUUGGCAAGAGCACCGGACAGUUGGCAGAGUACCGCGAGAACGAGAAUCAGGUUCGUUGGGCCAUCAAGCGCUUCACCGGCGGCACAGAACUUACGCUGCGUGCCAAGAUCACGCUUGGCCAGCCCAGCGCGCACGUGCGGCGUGAGAUCGGUCCCGUCAGCAUGAACUUCGAAAUCCCCAUGUACAAUACCUCGAGUCUCCAGGUGCGCUACCUGCGCAUUCCGGAACACGCACGCCACCCCAACUACACGUACAAGCGAUGGGUGCGCUACGUGACGCAAUCCAGUUCUUACGUGUGCAGGAUUUAG